AUGGAAUUAUUAAAUAAAGCGAAAUAUGCGAAGCUAAGAAGCCACCAUGGGAAAUUCUUGCAUGGUAACUCUGAUGAAAAAACGGUAUUCCAACAUCGUGAUGGAAGUUGUAAGAAUGCAAAAUGGGGAAUUGAAUUUGGUGAAGGAAUGGAUAAUGUUGUACGUUUGAAAAGUUGGUAUGGUAAAUACCUGAUGGCAACAAAUGAACAGUUUCUUCUUGGAGUAACGGGUCUUAAAGUUGUUCAAAAUUUGCCCAUGAAAUUGGAUUCAUCAAUUGAAUGGGAACCUAUUAAAGUUUCAUCAAUAGUGAAAUUCAAAACAAGCUAUGGGAAAUAUCUACGGGCAAAUGGUGGAUUACCACCUUUUAGAAAUUCAGUUACUCACGAUGUACCUUUUAGACAUCAAGAUUGGAUCUUAUGGGAAGUUGAUAUUAUUGAAUUAUUGAAUCAAACACCACCCAAAAGUAUUUCACAGCAAACUGGAUCAUUAUAUCAUGAUAAUUCGAAUUCCUCUUUUCGUUUCACAUUUUCGAGGUCUUCCAAUUUUGAGUCAAAAUCGGAAGGUCGAUUAGUUAAUUACUAUGUAGCAGACGAGAAGGGAAAUGUGAAUGAUACAUUGGAAGAGCUUUCAUUUCAGUUCAAAAAGCAAGGGUUAAAGGAAUUGACACAAAAAUUGGAGGAAGAAACAGGGCUCAAUAAUGUUACCUUGUGUUUGCGCAACAAAUUAAAUGGCAAACUAUAUCCUUUUCAAUUAGAAUUACCUCCCAACAAUGCAACUAUGCAUCUCAUUGUACUGCCCGCACCAUCGAAAAGUUAG